AUCAAUCAAUCAAACUUAUUUUCAUACAAUUCUAUCACACAGCCACCACCAGAUACAAGAGAAGACAACCUUACUCGCAGAUACAUCAGCCCAAGUGGGCCUUAACAUCCACAAGGGAAAGACGAAAAGCAUGAGGAUGAACACAAAUAGUGUGGAACCAAUAUCACUUGAAGAUACUCAACUUGAAAUAGAAGAGUCCUGCACCUACUUGGGCAGCGUCAUCAACAAAGAGGGAGGAACUGAUGCAGAUGUCAAAGCCAGAAUAGGUAAGGCAAGGGCAGCCUUCCUACAACUUAAGGAACAUAUGGUGCUCAAAGGAGAUACAACAACAAACAAAAAUAAGAACCUUCAACUCCAACAUAAAAUCAGUCCUGUUCUAUGGAGCCGAGACCUGGAGAACAAAUACACAGCUAGCAAAGUGCUAGACUCACAAGUCAGUCUUUAGACGCUUUGCUUAACUAAAGACUGAUGACUUUCUCCCUGAUUUAUAAACACAAUGAUUGAACAAACAUUACUAUUUCUGUGUGCACGUUUAGCUGGGAUAACCGUUAGCUGUUAGCCCUGUUAGCCGUUAGCAGUGUCUGUAAUAGGUAAUAACUCAUUAAACGGUCCGUGAAAAAAAUAUCUUUUCCAGCGGAUAUCUUAGUUACAACAUGAUUGAGUUAGCAAAGCAGUUUUGUGUUGCUAUGUGUGGUAUUUAUUCAGUUUUGGGAAAUCACGAUGUCUAGAAAGCAUCAGUGGCUGCAGCUGACAGGGACAGCUAACACUAGCAGCAAAGCUAACAUCAGGACGUCAUCUGUUAAAAGCCUCCCGUUGUCGGAUACGACAUGAAACUACUCCAGUUAGCUCAAUCAUGUAACUAAGACAUCCGCUGGAAAAAAUAUUUUCUUCACGGAUGAGCACACGUUUGAUAAAACGGAGUUAAAUCUCUCGGCAUCCAUUUUCAAGCUCUCUGUGUGUCUGUUUCCUUGCGGACGAAAAAAGGAGGAGCGCACAUUUCCGAGAAGGCGUGUCCUUUUCAAAAAUGCAAGAGGCGUUGCUUUGUUGCCGGCCGUUUUCGCCGGUGUGUUAAACACACUUUAGAAAGGAGUGUCCCCAGACUAUCAGAAGGCGGAGAUCUCUGAUUGUCUGGUGGCGAGACUAGCAAAGUGCAAAGCUUCAUAAACAGGUGCCUGAGAAGAAUCUUGAAAAUCCAUUGGCCAGACAAGAUCACCAACGAAGAUCUUUGUACGAAGACACAGCAAAUUCCAGCUAAGGAUGAAAUUGGACGAAGAAGAUGGAAAUGGAUAGGGCACACUCUUCGAAAACCAAUGUCAAACAUCACCAGACAGGCUCUGACGUGGAAUCCCCAGGGGAAGAGAAAGAGAGGUCGGCCAAAAAACACCUGGCGAAGGGAUCUGCAGGCCGACACCAAGAAGAUGGGAUACACCUGGUCACAGAUAGAAAAGAAAGCCAGCGAUCGGGGACUUGACCUAAGGCGGCAUAAUCAGCAAAAUGGGACACACAUGGGCCCAGUGUGCUUCCCCAUGCAUAAGGCCAGAGAUGCAGCCAGUCCUGUGAGAUCCCCACUGCCUGGAAGGACUUGCGACUUGAUUAUUAUCAACAAACAAGAUGGACGAUGGACAGCCAACAGACAAAGAGGAGCCUACAAUAAGCCAAGAGGAAGAGGGGAAUGGUCUGGAUUGGCUCCUCAGAACAGACAGCUCAGAGAUCAUUCCUGCGCCGAUGGAUACCAACGUCUUAUUAGCAAGAGAAUGUGAUACCACUGAUGACAGCAUUAACAAUAAAGAAUUCACCAGGGAGAGAGUCUUUGAAGCAGCAUCUCAGGGAGACACAACUGAACUUGUUGGCCUGCUUGACUACCUACGAGUUACUAAAAAGAAACUUACCAGCCCAGAAUUCACAGAUGAAACUAAUGGGAAGACGGCGCUCCUGAAAGCAUUGAUGAAUCUGAAAGAUGGCAAAAAUGACACAAUCGAGGUCCUCCUUGACAUAGCGGAAAAAACUGGAGACUUAGAAAAUUUCAUCAACGCAUCUUACCAAGAUCCUUGUUACAAUGGUCAGACAGCACUGCACAUUGCCAUUGAGAGAAGGAGCUUCGACCAUGUGAAACUGCUGGUCCAGAAAGGAGCAGAUGUGCAAGCCAAAGCCAAUGGGAAGUUCUUCCAGCGUAAUGCAGGACUGGGCUUUUAUUUUGGAGAGCUUCCUCUGUCACUGGCUGCUUGCACCAACCAGCCUGAUGUCGUGGCCUUCCUCAUGGAAAACCCUUACACAAGAGCCGACGUGGCUGACAAGGACUUGCAAGGAAACACUGUCUUGCAUGCCUUGGUGGUCAUAGCAGACAAUACGGAUGAAAACACAGAAAUGAUUGCAAAGAUGUAUGAUGAGAUCCUUACUCAGCACAGCAGGCUUGAGAAGAAAACAAUAGUCCAGUUGGAAGAGAUCGAAAAUGAUAAGGGGCUGACACCUCUGAAGUUGGCUGCCAAGCUGGGCAAGAUUGGGCUCUUCAAGCACAUGUUACACCGUGAAUUUGUGGAUGAGGAGAUGAGGCCGCUGUCCAGGAAGUUCACAGAAUGGGUCUAUGGACCAGUUCACUCUUCACUUUAUGACCUGAGUUCCAUUGACACCAAUGAAAAAAACUCUGUGUUGGAGAUAGUCGUCUUCAGUAGUGAAAUUCCGAAUCGACCUGAGAUGCUCCAGAUUGAGCCUCUGCGCAGUCUUCUCCAGAAUAAGUGGGACAGGUUUGCUUCCAAAUUAUUCUUGAUGAAUUUCCUGGUUUACCUGGUGUACCUGAUCAUCUUCACCACUGUGGCCUUCUACAGAAAAGAAGGACAGCCACCAUUUCCCGUUGACAAUGUCCCGCUUGACCACGUUCGUUGCAUUGGCGAGGUGAUCAGUGUCCUUGGAGCAGUAUGGUUUUUCUAUAAAGCGAUAACUAUUUUCAAGAGGAACCCCCCAACCUUCAAGGCUCUAUACACAACUGGAUUCUGUGACAUUCUAUUUUUCCUGCAGGCAGCACUCAUUUUGGUCUGCACAGUUUUGUACUUCUGUGGACGAAAAGAAUACGUUGGACUCCUCGUGCUCGCACUGGCCCUUGCCUGGAUCAAUGUUCUUUACUACUCAAGAGGCUCUAAACAAAUGGGGAUGUACAGCGUCAUGAUGGAAAGGAUAAUCCUGGGUGACCUGUUGCACUUUUUAUGCGUCUAUGGUGUCCUGCUAUUUGGAUUUUCUGCUGCUGUUGUUGCUGUCAUACGCGACUCUCCUCCAGCUUGUAGAAAGGUCCGCAAUGGCACACUGCCACAUGGAAGCAGCCCUGUUGUCAAGACAUUAAAGUGCAAGAAGUCAAGUUACAACGAUAUCCGUUUCGCAACACUGGAAAUGUUCAAGUUCACUAUUGGAAUGGGAGACCUGCAGUUCACUGACCAUGUUCAGUACAAGGAAGUUUUCUACGUCUUGCUCAUCUCGUACAUAGUUAUCACCUACAUCCUGCUGCUCAACAUGUUGAUAGCUCUGAUGGGCUACACAGUGGAAAGAGUCUCCAAACAAAUUGAAAACAUCUGGAACCUGCAGAGGGCUUCUACCAUUUUGGACAUGGAGGGGACCCUGCCAAGGUGCCUUGUGAAUAAGCUGCACUCCGGGAUGUCGAAGAUGGUGCGUUUAAAAAACGAGGAGGACGAGAGUCGUCAGUUUUUCAGGGUGGAGGAAAUUAAUUGGAAAAAGUGGAGGUCAGAUGUCGGUGUUGUCCAGGACGAGGACCCUGGGGAAAGCAUGAUGAAGCCACUGCCCCAUGAACACACUCCUAGGUCUCGAUGGCACAUAAAUCCAUUGUUGAAGAGGAUUCGCGCCAGACACCACCAACCACAGCUCUCCAGUGUUCCUGACGCUCAGCACAACAUCAAAAUACAGAUCCACUAAAAAAAAUCUAAACACUCAGAUUUAAAAUUUCAUGUGAGCAUUUAUUUGCAACUGCAGUGGCCCCUCCAUCUUAAAGAAAUGUUUGGAUACCACUGUAACUUUUUAUAUUCUAACUUUUAUAAAGAAAACCAAACUGUAGUGUACAUAGUGCAUGUGCCUUAACUACAGAAACCUUUAUAAACACAAAUGCCCUUGUUUUGAAUAUUGUUUGUAGAUAGGUCACAUCUUUACAAUGUCUUAUUUGAUGAAGUGAAUACUAAUUUAAAUUAAAUAUAAUUUGACAUACACCUUAAAAAAGGGAGGUCCUGAAUAUUGUUGUAGGAGGUCGUUGUUUGCACGAGCUCGUUAAGAGUUCACAUAUGGCUGAUGCAGCUCAUUCUGUGCAUAAUCCUGCACAUAAAGUUUUAUAUAGAUUUAGAUAGAUUAUCUUCAAUAUUACGCCUUGCAGAAGCGGCUGCAGAGUGAGUAGCUGGUCAUGUUGCAGGAGGAGCGACCAUGCUGCCUUCUUGUCGAGGUCAGGAUGUGUGGACAGUAACCAGAACCAUCCAGAUACAUUGAGUUAACAGCAACAAACAAUGUCAGAAGACAUAAAAAAAAAGACCACACUACAGUGCACAAGUUAAAGGAGCUGAUGGGAUCACACCUCACUGGAGUUGUACCAUGUAUAAUUCAUGUGAUUGAUAUUGAUCUUAAAUAAAAAAUCAUGAUAUCCAGAGAAUUGAUUAUUUUUGAUUGACUGAUUGAAACAUUUAAAUAGACAUGGUUAUAGUAACUUAUGGAGUGUUUAGAGAUAUUCUGUCCAUGUGCCUACAUUAAGAAAUGUUUUGGAUAAAUGUUUUCUGUUUGUUAUAAAAUUUGAUGACAAAAAAAA